CCCUCACCUGCCCAGGCUGGAUCCAGAUGGCCCCCUGCUGCUACUGCGUCCUCUACCUCCUGGUAUCUUCGCUCUGGGAGGGCAGCGCAGGGGACAGGGCCACAGGGGCUCAAAGCUUUGAAGGUUCCAAGUGGCCACCCCACAUCAUGAGGUCACUGCCAGGGUUACACGAGACAACCCCUGGCACAGACAUGAGUGAAAGCGCCCGUCAGGCGCUACACCUCUUACGUUCAUGCACCAGCAUGUUUAUUCCUCACAAGAGGAAACGGGCUCCGGGCAGUGAAGUGACUUCAACAAAAUCACACUCUGGGGGGACGAAUGUGACUCCAGGUCUGACUACACAGCCUGCUGCUUCCCCUGCGCCCCCGUGGGGCACACAGUAGGCAUUCAAUAACUGCACAUGUUGGGGGAGAGCUGUUCCAGCCCCCACUUGCCUUCUCUUUCAGAUCAGGAGUGUUUCCGGAACCCCCUCCAACUCGCCAGGUGAACCAAGGAACCCUUGGGCCACAGGUGGGUGUGAGAGGUCCCCUGCAGAGAGACUCCGCCUCGCCCAGCUCAGCCCACCUGUGGUCCAAGGGGUGCCCUGACCUGGAGUGCAAAGGGAGGGAAGAAUGACAUUGACUUCAGCCCCCACCAUACAAGGCCAGGAGCUGAAAGCUUCCCUGGUGUCCAUCUCAUUCCUGGCGCCCCACAGAUGAGGAAACGGGCUCUGCAAGGGGACAGGACUCCCCAGGCCAUCAGAGUCAGGAUUCAGCUGACUAGUGACUCCAAGCCCAGUGUCCCUGGCUCUGUCCACCCCAGGAAGGGUCGGAUGCCCACAAAAUCCCUCCCACGCCAUCUCUCCUUUCGCCCUCCAGCCCCAGUGGCCCCUGGCGCGGUGGUGGAGACUGCAAGCGGGGUGUGCAAGUUCUCCGGACAGCGGCUGAGCUGGUGGCAGGCCCGAGAGUCCUGUGAGCAGCGGUUUGGCCACCUAGCACGGCAGCCUCCCAAUGGCGCUCUUGCUCCACGGCUACGCGACCCGGUCUGGGUGGGCCCAAGAGAGGCUCCUUUGCGGAGACCCCCGCAGAGGCGCGCGCACACCACAGCCGCGCUGGUGUUCGGCGAGAGGACGGCGGACAAGGCGGCGCGGCUGCGGACACCCCUGCCCGCGCUGGGGGCGCUGACGGCCUGCGCGCACGUGCAGUGGGACGCCGCCUCUCCGGACGCGGCCGCGCUCUUCUCCCUCGCGGUGCCGGCGCAAGCCAACGCGCUGCAGCUGCGCGCCUUCGCCGAGCCGGGCGGCGCCGUGCGCGCUGCGCUCGUGGUGCGCGGGCACCACGCGCCCUUCCUCGCCGCCUUCCGCGCCGACGGCCGCUGGCACCACGUGUGCGCCACGUGGGAGCAGCGCGGCGGGCGCUGGGCCCUGUUCGCCGACGGGCGGCGGCGCGCCGGGGCGCGAGGGCUGGGCGCGGGCCACUCGGUGCCGCCCGGCGGCAUCCUGGUGCUGGGCCAGGAUCAGGACUCUCUGGGCGGCGGCUUCUCGGCGCGUGACGCCUUCAGCGGCAACCUCACCGACUUCCACCUGUGGGCCCGGGCGCUGAGCUCCGCGCAGCUGCUCCGGGCACGAGCCUGCGCGCCUCCCCCCGACGGCCUCCUCUUCCGCUGGGACCCGGGCGCUCUGGACGUCACGCCCUCGCUGCUGCCCGCCGUGCGGGUGCGCCUGCUCUGUCCGGUGCCCUCGGAGGAAUGCCCCACAUGGAACCCAGGACCUCGCACCGAGGGCUCCGAGCUCUGCCUGCAGUCGCGGCCCUUCCUCUGCUGCUACCGGCCAGAGACCUACCGGCGGCUGCAGGAUGCCCGGUCAUGGCCCGGCCAGGAUGUUAUCAGCCGAGUCAAUGCCUUGGCCAACGCUAUUGUGCUCCUCUCAGAUCCCCUCUCCGAAGCCCACGGGGUCCUGUCCCUGGCCAAGGCCUCCAGCUUCCUGGACAUCCUGGAGAGAGUCCUGGCUGAGGAGGCGGCUCCGCUGGGGCCGGCCGCGCUGCUGGCUGUUGUGCGCUUCCUGAAGAGGGUGACGGCCCUCGGGGCUGGAGAGCCAGAGCCCUUGACAGGGCCCUGGGAGCAGCUGGGCCAGAGUGUCAUGUCUGUGGCCAGCCUGGUCCUGGAGGAGCAGGUGGCUGACGCGUGGCUGUCCAUCAGGGAGGUGGCUGGGGGACCUAUGGCCCUGGUGGGCAUCGUGCAGCGCCUGGCACCCCUGCUGAGCACCAUGCUGACCUCAGAGCGGCCCCAAAUACACAUCCAGCGCAGCCAUGCCGGUCUCUCUGGAGUCUUCCUGGUCCACAGCUGGUUCACCUCCAGAACCUUCCAGCACACCCUGGCGGGGCCUGGCCUAGAGCCCCAGGCCUCUGACAGCAUGGAGGAGGCGAGCAGGGUGCAGAGGUUCCUGCGCACCCAGGUGGGGUCAGCCAUCAUCUCCUCUGAGGUGUGGGAUGUCACUGGGGAGGUCAACACGGCUGUGACCUUCCACCUGCAGCACCAGGCCCAGAGCCCUCUGUUCCCUCCCCGCCCAAGCCCGGACACAGGGGGGGCCUGGGCCACCACUGGCUGCUCCGUGGCCGCCCUGUACCAGGACUCAGCUGCCUGCUUCUGCAACCACAGCACCAACUUCGCCGUCCUGUUGCAGGUGUACGACGUGCAGAGGAGCCCUGAGGAGGAGUCGCUGCUGAGGACUGUCUCGUUCGUGGGCUGUGGCGUGUCCUUCUGUGCCCUGGCCACCACCUUCUUGCUGUUCCUGGCGGCGGGGGUCCCCAAGUCGGAGCGAACCACAGUCCACAAGAACCUCACCUUCUCCCUGGCCUCUGCCGAGGGCUUCCUCAUGGCCAGCGAGUGGGCAAAGGCCAACAAGGUGGCAUGUGUGGCUGUCACAGCUGCAAUGCACCUCCUCUUUUUGGUCGCGUUCUCCUGGAUGCUGGUGGAGGGACUACUGCUGUGGAGCAAGGUGGUGGCCGUGAGCAUGCGCCCUGGUCCAAGGAUGAGGCUCUACUACGCCAUAGGCUGGGGCGUGCCUGUGAGCAUUGUGGCCAUCACCCUGGCCGCGUUCCCCGGUGACUAUGUGGCCCCUGGACACUGCUGGCUCAACGUGCACACAGACGCCAUCUGGGCCUUUGUGGGGCCCGUGCUCUUCGUGCUGACUGCCAACACCUGCAUCCUGGCCCGCGUGGUGAUGGUCACUGUGUCCAGCGCCCGCCGCCGUGCCCGCAUGCUGAGCCCGCGGCCCCGCCUGCAGCAGCAGGUCAGGAUGCAGCUCUGGGCCACGGUGAAGCCCGUGCUCGUUCUGCUGCCUGUCCUGGGCCUCAGCUGGCUGGUCGGCCUCCUGGUGCACCACGGCCCAGCCUGGGCCUAUGCCGCCGUGGGCCUCAACGCCUGCCAGGUACCCGCACGCCCUGGGCUGGCUGGGCUGGCUGGGCCGUCCUCGAACACGCACUGCAGCUCAGAGGGUGGCUGCUUUGUCGGGGACUGA